CACAGUGAGCCCCACAAUAAACUCAAGUGUGAAUGCCUCCUGGACUCUGGAUGGACUGCCCUACCUGUCAUGGACCCACCCCAAGCCUGUGUGUCUCCUGGAAGGGCAUCCUGGGUGUCUGUUUCCUGCCACUCAUCUUACCCCAUCUUGCCACGCAGUUUGGGGCUAAAGGGAAUCUUAAGUCUGGAAAUGCGAAGGUGCCUCUGUCCAGGUUUAACUGGUCCUCCCUGACCCCUCCCAGGCUGCAGCACAGAUCUUUGGGGCUCCGCACUGCCAGCACUACUACGGGCAGAGCACACUUCACCCUGGAGGGGCACAAGUUCCUGAUCUUUGGGGGUUCCAUCCACUACUUCCGGGUGCCCAGGCAGUACUGGAGGGACCGCCUGCUGAAGCUGAAGGCUUGUGGCUUCAACACUGUCACCACCUACAUUCCGUGGAACCUCCAUGAAACUGAAAGAGGCAGACUGGACUUCUCUGGGAACCUGGACCUGGAGGCCUUUGUCCUGCUGGCUGCUGAGAUUGGGCUGUGGGUGAUUCUGCGCCCAGGGCCCUACAUCUGUGCUGAGAUCGACCUCGGGGGCCUGCCCAGUUGGCUCCUGCAGGACCCCAAGACACAACUGAGAACCACCGAAAAGAGCUUUGUGGAUGCAGUAGAUAAGUACUUUGAUCAACUGAUUCCCAGAAUGCUUCCUCUCCAGUACCAACAGGGUGGCCCUGUCAUUGCAGUGCAAGUGGAGAAUGAAUACGGGUCAUUUAAUAAGGAUAAGCACUAUAUGGCCUAUCUUAAGGAGGCUCUCCUGAAAAGAGGGAUUGUAGAGCUGCUCUUGACCUGUGAUCAUUAUGCAGAAGUUAUGAAUGGCUCAAUCAAAGGAGUGUUGGCUACUGUCAAUCUGGAUUCACUUAGGAAGGAUUCUUUUCAUCAGCUUCUUCAAGUACAGAUCAAUAAGCCCAUUCUAGUCAUGGAAUACUGGGUUGGCUGGUUUGACAACUGGGGACGUCCCCACUCUCGCAAAAGUGUGCUUGAGGUUGAAAGUACUGUGUCCUCAUUUAUCAAACAUGAGAUUUCCUUCAACCUCUACAUGUUUCACGGUGGAACAAACUUUGGAUUUAUGAAUGCAGCAGGCUCUUUUGAUGAGAAACACAUAGGUGUUGUGACAAGCUAUGACUAUGACGCUUUGCUGACAGAGGCUGGAGAUUACACAGAAAAGUAUUUCAAGCUUCGAAAACUCCUGGGAACUGCUUCAGCAAUUCCACUGCCUCCCUUACCUGACCUCACUCUCAAGACAGUGUAUCCUUCUGUGAGACCAUCACUAUACUUGCCACUGUGGGAUGUCCUACAGUACUUAGGUGAGCCCAUGAGGUUACAUAUUCCAGUCAACAUGGAGAAUCUUCCAGUGAACAAUGGCAGUGGUCAGUCCUUUGGAUUCGUCCUCUAUGAGACUUCCAUUUGCUCUGCAGGUCAACUCCACGCUCCUGUUUAUGAUACAGCACAGGUGUUUUUGAAUGAGACACUGUUAGGAUUUCUGCAUGAGGAUAUGUGGAACCUGGAUAUUCCCACAUUCAGGGGCUGUGGACUUCUGAGGAUCCUUGUGGAGAACCAAGGACGAAUUGAUUUUUCAUGGAAAAUUCAAGAUGAGCGGAAAGGAUUAGUGCACUCUGUCUGCAUCGAUGGUGUUUAUCUGAAGGGGUUCACCAUCUACUCUUUGGAGAUGAAGAUGAGCUUCUUUGAGAGACUCCGCUCUGCUACCUGGAGGCCUGUUUCAGAGAAAUAUGUGGGCCCUGCCUUCUACCAGGGCACCUUGAGGGCUGGCUAUUCCCCUAGGGACACCUUCCUCAGCCUUCUGAGCUGGCAUCGUGGAUUUGUGUUCAUCAAUGGAUAUAACCUUGGGCGAUACUGGAAGAUUGGGCCUCAGAAGACCCUUUACCUUCCUGGUGUCUGGCUCCAUCCAGGACCCAAUGAGAUCAUCUUGUUUGAGAUGAUGACGAGUGGUUCAUACAUCCAAUCAAAAGAUGAACCUCAGCUGGAAUAG